GCCAGAAUGUGAAAUAAAAACAAACAAAAAUUUUAAUUUUCAUGAAGAUAAUUACAAAUCCAUUUAAAUCAUGAACACAGAGCAGGGUCUACACGAUUAUGGCACUCCAUUGCCUAUGUUGGAAAUGGACGAAGUAGUGCCCUCCAAAAAACCUGUAUAUGCCCAAGAUCAAAUAGCCACAGAUGAGCAGGGACGUCGUCGUUUUCAUGGCGCAUUUACUGGAGGUUUCAGUGCUGGCUACUGGAAUACCGUAGGUUCAAAAGAAGGAUGGACUCCGCAGUCCUUUAAAAGCUCUCGCUCCGAAAAGGCCGCCGGAAGGGCGGCCCAAAAGCCAGAAGAUUUUAUGGAUGACGAGGAUCUGGGUGAAUUUGGCAUAAAUCCCAAGGGUCUGCAAAUUCAAGAAGACUUCACCGGGGCUGAAACCUCCAACGAACAAAGGAAAAGGAAAUUUUUGCAAGCCGACCUAAAGCCCAUACCCGGUGAACCAGUGUUACAGCAACUGUUGAAGCCGGUGAAAGAUAAAGUGGCAGUGAGAAUAUUAAAAUCUUGGGGUUGGCGUCCCGGCCAAGGUGUGGGACCUCGGCAAACCCUCAAGGAAAAGAAAAUGGCCAAAGAAAGGAACAAAAGAGAGCUGUAUCUAAUGGAGAAGUAUGGUUGUGAUUUUCCCACCACCACAAAAUCUUUGGCAUCAGAUGAGGAUGGUGGAGAAGAGGAUUCGGAUGAAGAUUCUGACGAUGAAAUCACAUUUGCCCCUGAGGAUUUUGAGGCCAUACCUUAUGCUCGCAAAACUGAUCGCUAUGGUUUGGGUUACACACCGCUAAGUCGCAAAUCAGUAUUGGGAGGAACUAGCCAAACGAGCUCCACACAAUCCAGCAAAGAGCACAUCAAUUUAUUUAAACCUUUGGAGGCCAUAGGAAAAAACAAUCAGAAAAUUUCUUUUGCGGGCCAGGCAUUUGGAGUGGGUGCCUUAGAGGAUGACGAUGAUGAUGAUGUCUAUGCUGCUGAUGAUUUGACCAGAUAUGAUUUUUCCUUGGAGGACAAAAAGAAAAAGAAAAAAGCCAAAAAAAUCUUGGGACCAGAUGAAUUGAUUUUCGAAGACUUUGUGCUGGAUUUGAAACCUGAAAAGCCAGCUGCUUUUAAAGUCGAUAUACCAUUUGGUUGGCAACCUAGAAAUUGGUACCAAAAGAAAUCAAGAUUUGAACCUUUAGAUCCCAGAGCCCAAAGGAAUUUGGAGCGUAAAUUUGCCAAGCCUCAAGAUGAGGAAGGUGAAAUGACAAGACAGAAAAGAGCCCAACUGUUGGGAGAAGAAUUAAGCAAACAAGAAGAGGAGAAGUCGCAGAAAUGUGUGCCAGCAACGGUAUUAAAACCCAGCGUAGGCGAUUUGCAAAAACAACACAAGGAGAGACAGGAAAAGACAAAAUCUUUGCUGGAGAAGAUCUCAGCAAAAUCUUCAAGUUUUACUCGAGGUGGCAUAAUUACACUGGAAGGCGAAGAGAAAACAGCACCACCCUUGAGUUUGGAAGAAAUAUCCACAUCAUUCAAGCCUUUUGUCAAUGAUGAGGCGAAACAGAAACGUUAUGAAAAGUUUUUGGCUGCCAAUUUAUGCAACGACCAGGAUAUUGAUGAAUUUCUAAAGAAUAUACAACCUGUGGAGUUGUCUUUGUGGGACAGACAAAUAGAGAAAAAGGAAUUUGUGCAGGCGAAAAAAUUGUACAGACCUCUGAAGGGCAUAAUGUCGGAUAGAUUUGUAACUGAGUCUGAAGUCCAGGCAGAACAGCAGGUUGCUGAAAUACAAAAGGACCCUAGUAAGCCUAUAGGGGUGGAGCGCACCAAAGUCGUGUGGAAACCUCAAAGCCUUUUAUGCAAACGUUUCAAUAUUGCUGAACCCUUUGGAGGCCUUAUGGAAGAUGAAUCAAAGAAAAAAGCUAGAAAUAAGUCCAACAAAAUGUCUGUCUUUGAUUAUUUGGAAACAUCGAUAAACAAAAGGGAGGAUUUUCAAACACCAGUUAUAAUACCCAAGCAUAUAGAAAGGCCACAAGAGUUGGUCAAGCAAACGGAGGAUAACUCCAGUAAAUCACCUAUCGAUGAGACUACCGAAAAAGUUUCCUUGGAAUGGCAAGAUGUUUUGGAGGGUAGAACUAAGAGUAGCGAAGAAAAAACCAAGUUUGUUUUCAAAGCCAAAACUGAUUUGGAAAAGAAAGUUGUGGAAACUUUAGACAAACCUAUAGCAGAGAAAAAGGAACUUUUCAAAUCCAUAUUUUCUGAUAGUGAAUCGGAUGAGGAGGAAGAAAAAGAUAACACAAAAGGGAGAGAAACAAAUUUGCCAACUGCUUUGGGUACGACUGUGAAUGCGGCGGCAGCCAAUUUGUUAAGAAACAACUCACCACCCAGAGGUAUCUUUAAAGCACUAUUUAGUGUGCCAGAUAUAAACAAAUCAGAAAAUGAAAAUACUAGUGCGAAUGAAAAAGAUAAGAAGGAAGAAGAAUCAUAUAAGCCUAAUAUAAGCAAAAUCAAUGAAAUUCAGACGAAUUUUACCAGCCUCGAGGAUAAUCCAAAAUCUCUGGAAGCCUCCAAACCUUUGGAACGUCCUAAAAUAGUCUUUCAGCCUAAAUCUUUCAGAGAGCCUAAAGCUACUCCAAGCUCUCCCAAUGAAACUGCUUCGAAUUUGUAUGGACCUGCCUUGCCUAAUGCCCCAUCAAAAACAAGGGAACCAGAAGCUAUAUCCUUACACACCAGCAGCUCUAUUGAUGCAAAGCUCCUAACACUUUUCAACAAACACAAAGCUUCUGCCCAUGUAACUGAGGUUUGGGUUGAAAAGGAUAAUCAUAAUAGUUGCGACAGUGCAGAUGAUUCUUCUGAGGAUGAUUCCUCAAGUUCCAACGAUGAUGAGGCAAAGCAUAAAAAACGUUCCAAAAAAUCCAAAAAAAAGAAGUCCUCAGAUCACAAGCACAAAAAACACAAAGACCACCAGAAGGAACAUAAAUCAAGUAAAAAAACUAAAAAGUCAGAAAAGAAGAAGAAAAAACAUAAAAAGAAAUAAAUUUGUUAAGGCUUAAAUGUUAA